UGCCCGGCGGCGCGGGAGCGCGCGAGCUAGACGGAGGCGCGCACGGGCAAAGUCCACAACUGCCAUGAACUUCGGAGUGUAACUUCGCCUUGUGUGUGUGUAUGUGUGUGUGUGUUUUCGUCGCCGGCGGGAGGAAAAACUACAGCUUAUUUCGUCUCUCUUUUCUCCCUCUUCUCCUCCUCCUCCUCCCUCUCUUUUCCCCUCUCCGUCGGUAAACGAGCUGCCGAGCAGAGGACGGAAGGCAGGCAGGAGAUACACGGACGUUUGGGAGCUUUUUCUCGCCGCGUCCUGCUCGUCCUCCCCCUUUCCCCCGCGCGUUCACACAGCCAGCCAUGUCCUCCGCGGCGGUGGCCGCUUCCAGGCGGCAGUCGUGCUACCUGUGCGACUUGCCCCGCAUGCCGUGGGCUAUGAUCUGGGAUUUUACGGAGCCCGUGUGUCGCGGAUGCGUGAACUACGAGGGCGCGGACCGCAUUGAGUUCGUGAUCGAGACGGCCAGGCAGCUGAAGCGCGCCCACGGCUUCCAGGAGGGUCGCAGCCCCGGUCCGGGUAAGGCGGCCAAGGAGCUGCAGCCCGUCAACCACGCGGCGGCCGUGGCGGCGGCGGCUGCUGCCGCGGCUGAGGCCGGUUCUCGCCCCCCGCAGCCCCUCGACCGCUACCCCCUGGCCCCGGACCGGCCGCCCCGCCUGGGGCCAGAGUAUCCGUCCGCAGCGAGGCAGGCCAACGGCAUCCCCGUUCCCAACGGCUUCCCCAAGCCCGACGAGCCGCCCGAGCUGAACCGCCAGAGCCCCAACCCGCGCAGGACUAGCGCCGUGCCGCCCAGCCUCAUGCCCAUCAUGAACGGGGGCCUGUCCUCCGUACACGCGCUCAACGGGCGCCCACCGCAGAUGGGGAUCCCCAGCCUGUCUGAGCACGGCGGGAAGCGCGACGACGGCAAGGAGAAGCAUCGCGGGGACGGACUGGAUGAUCACAAGCGCGCGGAGGAGUGGAUGAGCAAAGGCAAGACAGUGAGGGACCUCAUGGCGCUGCACACGCUGGACAGCAGGUUCAAGAAGGAGCACGCAGCCAUGCAGCAGCACAGGAUGGGCUACGAGACCAGCUCUGCUCCCUCCAAAACAGACCGAGGCAAGCAGCCCCGCACCAUGAAGAGGAAAGCCUCCCCUGAGCCGGAGGGGGAGGGCGCCGUCACCAAGCUGAACGGCGAGGGUCAGCCGUGGUUGUCGUCGCCAUCCGAGGUGCUGAAGAUCCCCUCUGCCGCCCUGCCAGGCUACGCACCUGCCCCACCCUCCACCAUCUCCCCUCAUUCCCGCACCACCCCACCAGAGGCGGCCACGGCAGCCCAGAACGGCCAGUCGCCCAUAGCAGCCCUCAUCAUGGCAGCGGACAACGCCGGGGCGGGCACCGGCUCACCCAAAGACGCCAACCAGGUGCACUCGACCACCAGCACGGCGGCAGGCGGGCGGCGAAACAGUGGCAGCCCGCUCUCGCCAUCCUCAGCCAGCCAGCGCAGCCAGAGGCUAAACCAAAGGGACGUGAUGGCAGUGGGGGUGGCUGCGGGCACCACCGCCCAUGUCCCGGGUGUGGAGCCCCAGCCUGGACACCCGCAGAGCGUGCCAGACUCUUCUGUGCCCCCCGGCAGCGUCCCACUAUGCUGCACGCUGUGCCAUGAGCGCCUGGAGGACACACAUUUUGUCCAGUGCCCGUCGGUGCCCUCUCACAAGUUCUGCUUCCCGUGUUCACGUGAAAGCAUCAAGCAGCAGGGAGCCACAGGGGAGGUGUACUGCCCCAGCGGAGAAAAGUGCCCACUGGUGGGCUCCAACGUGCCCUGGGCCUUCAUGCAGGGAGAAAUAGCCACCAUCUUGGCUGGAGACGUGAAAGUAAAAAAGGAGAGAGACCCUUGAUUUUUCUUUCCCACUUUUUUUUCCCUGUUUCCCUCUCUCUUUUUUGGUUACGUUUUUUGCAAAACAAAACAAAAAUUAAAUACACACAUAUAUACAAUUUCAGAUGACUAAAUCAGAAUUGCAUACCAUCCAAAAAAAAAAACUCCAGAAAAUUGUGGGACAUGUACAUAUGGACACAAGGGAAGUGUAUACUUCGUAAACAUGGCUGUAUAAAUUUUUUUGAUUUUCCUUUUUUUGAAUACAUUGUUUCUAUAUUUUUUUGAAGAUGAGAAAGGUAUGUACACAUUAUAACGGACUACUUUUGCCCUCCAAACCACCCCUCUCAUUCAAUCCCACCUCCCCACCCCGCCCCAGCCCAUCCCACCCCUCCUUCUUCAGUUGUUGUUCAUCGCCAAUUAUCAAUGUACUAUUAGAACUGGUGGCAGUCCAUGUUUAAACAUAGAAUGUGACUAAACCUACUCUAUGAGCACUUGGCAAAACUGAAAUGCUUCUAGCUGUACUUGUAUGCACUUGUUUAAAAAUUGCCAAAUACAAUUUUUGACCUUGUAAUAACAA